GACUUUUUGUUGAUAUGAUAUGAACCACAAUUAAACAAUUCAUUGACGUAAUGUCUCCAUUUAUACCCCACACACCCACAUUUAUACAACCACUAAUCUCUGAAGUUUUUUCAAAAUUGAAAGCAGAUAUGGAGGAUUUUUUCAAGUCUUUGCCUGAAGGUUUCGUAGCAGAAGCAUUGGCACUCACCAGCCCUCGAGAUGUUUCCCGAUUGUCCUCCGUCAAUUCCCUUUUCCGGUCGGCGGCACAGUGGGACAGCGUAUGGGAGACUUUCACACCGCCGGAGUACCUGACUGACACGGCGGACGGUGGUGCAGUCGGAUCGAAGAAGGAGGUGUAUCUACGUCUCUGUGAUCAUCCAAUCAUCAUAGAUGAAGGAAACAAGAGUUUCUGGUUGGAUAAAAGCAGCGGGAAGAAAUGCUACAUGUUAUCCGCGAGACAACUGUCAAUUGCUUCUUCCGAUUCUCCAAAUUGUUGGAUAUGGACACAAACACCAGAAUCAAGAUUCAAAGAGGUAGCAGAACUUAUCAGUGUGAGUUUACUUGAAAUCAUCGGCAAAAUCAAUACUUCAAUCUUCUCCCCUGAUACAACAUACGUUGCUCUUCUUGUGUUCAAAACAACAUCGAAAGCUUAUGGGUUUGAGUACCAACCGGUGGAAGUCUGUAUUGGUUUUCACGGCGACCGGAGUCAAACCCGGUUGGUGUAUCUCGACCCUGAAGCAGGGCGGAGGCGAGGACUCCGAUCAAGGAGACGGAUUGGGAUAUUUAGCAAAGGGGCAUUCGCGAAUUGGGAUGUUGUGCCUCCACCUUCUAAAGAGAAUGGUCCGAAACAAAGAGACGAUGGGUGGUUUGAGAUUGAGAUCGGAGAAUACUUUAAUGGCGGUGGUGAUGCGGCGGAACUGGAGCUGCGUGUGGCGGAGGUGAACGGAGGGAAUUGGAAGACUGGGCUUGUUAUUCAAGGUAUCGAGUUUAGGCCUAAAAAAUUGUAAGUAUUAAUUAAGAAGUAAGAAAGUAGUUGUUGUGUUGGAAAUUAGAAAGCAGUUAGGUUCGAUUUGAUAGUUUCUGUCUGGUAUGGUAAUGUCUGGUAAAAUGCUGUUUGGGAAAGUUUUCUGACUGGAAAAGAAACCAUACUGUUUGAUUGUAUAUCUGAUUGAUUGUGUUAUGAUGAAAAAAAAAGUAAUAAUUCAAUAAAAAAUAAUUUUAAAAAAGUUAUUUAAAAAAAUUAAUAAUCCAAAAGAGGUGGCGUUUGUGUACAAUUGUUUUUCAAGUUCAUUUAGUCAGAAAUAUAUAAUUUUAAGGCUUUCUGAGAAAGAUAUAUAUAACCGGGAAAGAUCUUUUUUUUUGUGCAAAUCAAAUAGUUUUUUCGGUCCAUUCAGACAGAAAGAUCUAUUUGGACCCGAAAAGAUGCAUAUCAAAUGAGGUUUGGUUUAUUGGUAAACAAUGAUUU